CGCUUCCGAGUCAGAGGUCAGACGGUCUAGCGCUGCGUGGGACAUGGUGCAGCUGCGACCCCGCGCGUCUCGCGCCCCGGCGUCGGCGGAGGCGAUGGUGGACGAGGGCCAGCCAGCCUCGGAGGAGGAGGAGGCGGAGCACGGGCUGUUGCUCGGUCAGCCCAGCAGCGGCGCGGCCGCCGAGCCGCUGGAGGAAGACGAGGAAGGGGACGAUGAGUUUGACGACGAGGCCCCGGAGGAGCUGACUUUCGCCAGCGCCCAGGCGGAAGCGAGAGAAGAGGAGCGGCGAGUGCGGGAAACCGUGCGCAGGGAUAAAACGCUCCUGAAGGAGAAGAGGAAGCGACGCGAGGAGCUGUUCAUCGAACAGAAGAAAAGAAAACUCCUUCCAGACACUAUUUUAGAGAAGUUAACCACAGCUUCACAGACUAAUGUCAAGAAAUCGCCAGGAAAGGUCAAAGAAGUUAAUUUGCAAAAGAAAAAUGAAGACUGUGAAAAAGGAAAUGACUCCAAGAAAGUUAAAGUACAAAAAGUACAGUCUGUCAGCCAGAAUAAAAGCUACUUGGCUGUAAGGCUAAAAGACCAAGAUCUGAGAGAUUCAAGGCAACAAGCAGCACAAGCCUUCAUACAUAAUUCAUUAUACGGGCCAGGAACCAACAGGACUACUGUAAAUAAGUUCCUGUCUCUUGCCAACAAGAGGUUACCAGUGAAAAAGGCUGCUGUCCAGUUUUUGAAUAAUGCUUGGGGAAUCCAGAAAAAACAAAAUGCCAAGAGGUUUAAAAGACGGUGGAUGGUCAGAAAGAUGAAAACUAAGAAGUAAAUCAGUGCUAAAUGAAGAAUCUGUACUUUUGUUCUUGCCACAGUCUCUCCUUAGCUGUUCACUCAUCGCUUGCAGCUCUCGUCCAAAGUGGAUCAUUCUUUCUAUGGCAGCCUGACUUCCUCCACACAACUGGCGUCUCAACUGACUUGAAUCAACUUCUGUAAGAAAAACAGACAAGUAUUUUACUACCUUAUGGAAUGGAGUAUAAUGAAGACAUGAACAUACAUUUCUUAUAACAUUUUGUACAUUUAGUAACUAUUCCCUAAUAUUUCAUCUAAAUAUGCAGAUUGUUAAAAAUUCAUUUUUAAUUUAACAUGAAACUGCAGCAAAAAGAUAUACUUUAUUUAGCUCUCAAGAGUCUAGGAUCCAGUAUUCAGCAUGCAGUUGAGAGGGGACAACCUUUCAGUGUUAGAUGGUACUUACGUCAGAAAAAAUUUUUAGAAAAAGUGUAAUUCCCAAACUACAUUAAGCAACAUUUA